AUGUUUGUCAUGCUAGAGGAGGCCUUGAAUGGCUUAUCUUCAAACAUAUCCCUACCCGAAGCUGGUUUAUCUUCAGACGCAUCUAUUCGUGAUCAGAAGCCAGGGGACAUUAUGUCUGUCACUACUUGCAAUGAGGAUCUUUCUUUACGCGAUGAUAAAAUCAGGAGCAGCAAAACUGAUGGCAGCGCACCCAGCUCUACUACCGGGGCUGCAGUAACUUCUGUUGGGCUGUCUCAACGCCUGCCUCCUUGGGCAGUUCGCGUACCAUAUCGAAUGUCACGUGUUUCUCUUGACCCAACCACGCGAUGCCUUGUGGAGCACGGCCACUCAGGUAAGCAAGCUGACACUGUACCAGAAUCAAGCCAACUACAACAGUAUCAUCGUCGAGUGCUGCCGCGCGAUCGAGCCCGAAUUGGAUGCGAAUCUGCUACCGGAACUGCAGAUCCAAUUGUAAUCCAAGAAGAGACUGGCAUUGUUGCAAGUUCUGCCUUCAGUGCCGGGAGUUCAUCAGUUAUCGGGCAGUCUACAGCUUUUGCGAUGCCCAAAGCCUUGCACGCCUCAGCAAAGGUUACCCGUGCGGCCCCGGCGGUACGAGCUGCAUAUUCGGCUAUUGCCAAUGUGCCCAGCGUACCUAUUGUUUCCUGCGAUCUUCAAUCUUUGGAGCAAUCCACUUCAGCACCUCAUACUGAGUCAGUAUCACCUUUUACUCCUGGACAACUGACGGCAGCUGGUGAAUCUUCGAUUGGGAAGUCAAGCGGAGUAACAGAUGCACAGUGGGCAGCAGCUUUACAGGCUAAAGAUCCUCUAAUGUUUACCGAACAUCGUCGAGAGAAUACAGGGCUCUUCCAUUCUUCUGUAAAGUUGGUCCAGAAGCAUACUGUAUCAAAAAAUAUUUUCAGUAAAGCCUCUUAA